UGAGGGCUAGAAGGACAAGCGGCGAAGAAUUACAGUUACAGGGAAGAUACAUAGAUAUAUAUAGAAAUACGAAAUAAACCAGAGACCGUACAAAACAAUGAAACCGACAGCUAAAUAUACUUCAGUGAAAGCCGAUUGAAACCAUAGAUCUAGCUUGCUAGCUCUAUUUAAUGCAAGGAAUUACCGAUGACGUAAAAUUUGUUUGAUAAAUAAGGUUAGCGGCUAGCUAGCUAGCUGGUGAGAAGGUUGUGUCAUUGAGCAGGCAGGACACGUCAAGACGGAAAAUAUUGCUAGCAAGCUGCUGGGUUUUAUUUUUAUUUUCUAUGAAACCAGAAUUAUAAGGAGGCAUCAGGUCUCCAGAAUUAAGUCAUAUCAGGCACAGUGUAGCUGAUUUCUGUGCUAAAAAACGGGAACGGAUCUCGUCGGGGACGUCGCUUGGAGACCAAGGGUACAAAAAGGAAAUAAAGAGAGCGGAAUAGAAUAUUGUGUUGGGAAAUAUUGCUACUGGAGAAUAUAAAUGGGGGAUUACGGGUUUGGAGUCUUGGUACAGAACAACACUGGUAACAAAUCCGCUUUCCCAGUAAGAAUUCACCCACAUCUGCAACCUCCGCACCAUCAUCAGAAUGCGUCCCAGAGCCCUGCUGCUUUUAUAAAUAACAACACAGCUGGCAAUGGCAGUAACGGUGGAUCGGCUUGGCUUUUUCCUGCAGCAGCUGCCCACAGCAACAUGCAAGAUGAAAUUCUCGGGUCAGAAAAGCCUAAAAGCCAGCAGCAGCAGCAGCAGGAAAUACAAGAAACGCAAGAAAAGCAGCAGCAGCUCUCUCCAGGCCACCAGGAGACAGGCAUCAUAUCCGAGCUGGAGAAGGCAAGGUCUGAAGAGGGUAAAGGGGAGAACGGCACGGCGGAGGACAGUGCCGGGAAGGAGAAACUGCGCAUCGAGUCCCCGGUGCUGACCGGGUUCGAUUACCAGGAGACGUCGGGCCUGGGGACCACGGCCCAGUCCAGCACGUCCUCUUCCCUGACUGGCUUCAACAACUGGUCGGCCGCCAUCCCCCCCGCCCCCUCCACCAUCAUAAAUGAGGACGUCAGCUUCUUCAACCCGGCGGCAUCGGCCAACAGCGGGCCCCUGCUGUUCCAGAAUUUCUCGCACCACGUCAGCCCGGGCUUCGGUGGCAACUUCUCCCCCCAGAUCGGGCCCCUCUCCCAGCACCACCCGCCGCACCCCCACUUCCAGCACCCCCACAGCCAGCACCAACAGCACCGCCGCUCCCCCGCCAGCCCCCACCCCCCGCCCUUCCCGCACAGGAACGCCGCUUUCGGCCAGCUGCCCCACCUGUCGAACAACCUGAGCAAGCCCCCGUCGCCGUGGGGCAGCUACCAAAGCCCCUCGCCCACCCCGUCGUCCACCUCGUGGAGCCCCGGCGGCGGCUACGGCGGCUGGGGCGGCUCUCAGGGCCGGGAUUACCGCCGCGGCGUGAACGGGGGCGUGACGCCCCUCAACUCCAUCUCGCCGCUGAAGAAGACCUUCCCCAACAACCACGUGUCGUCGCAGAAGUACUCCCGCGCUAGCCCCGGCUUCAACCCCAAGUCCUGGAUGGAGGACAGCAUGAGUAGGAACGACAACAUCUUCCCCUUUCAGGAGCGCACCCGGUCGUUUGAUGGCUUCAACAUGCAGUCUCUGGAGAACUCCCUGAUCGACAUCAUGAGGGCAGAGCAGGAUUCCCUGAAAGGGCGUUUGGGAUUCACGCACCCCGGGGGAGACAGCCCUUUGCCCAUAAAUGCAAGGAAUUAUGGGAGACGACGAGGUCAUUCGUCCCUGUUCCCCAUGGAGGACGGCUUCGCGGACGACGAGCGGGCCGAACAGGGCCUGCCCGGGCUGAGCUCUCCCCACUGCUUCCCCCACCAGAACGGGGAGCGGGUCGAACGCUACUCCCGCAAGGUCUUUGUCGGUGGCCUCCCUCCCGACAUAGAUGAAGAUGAGAUAACCGCCAGCUUUCGGCGUUUUGGCCACCUGUUCGUGGACUGGCCCCACAAAGCGGAAAGCAAGUCUUACUUUCCUCCUAAAGGUUACGCCUUCCUUCUGUUCCAAGACGAGAGCUCCGUCCAGGCGCUGAUCGACGCCUGCAUCGAGGAGGACGGCAAGCUCUACCUUUGUGUGUCCAGCCCCACCAUCAAAGACAAACCGGUCCAGAUCCGCCCCUGGAACCUGAACGACAGCGACUUCGUGAUGGACGGCUCCCAGCCACUGGACCCCAGGAAGACCAUAUUCGUGGGAGGGGUCCCGCGCCCCCUGCGUGCAGUGGAGCUGGCGAUGAUCAUGGACAGGCUGUAUGGAGGGGUGUGCUAUGCAGGCAUUGACACAGACCCAGAGCUGAAGUACCCCAAGGGAGCAGGGCGGGUUGCCUUCUCUAAUCAGCAGAGCUACAUUGCUGCUAUCAGCGCUCGCUUUGUGCAACUGCAGCAUGGAGAAAUCGAUAAACGGGUGGAAGUGAAGCCAUAUGUCCUGGACGACCAGCUGUGUGACGAGUGCCAGGGGACCCGGUGUGGGGGCAAGUUCGCCCCCUUCUUCUGCGCCAACGUCACCUGCCUCCAGUAUUACUGUGAAUACUGUUGGGCCGCCAUCCACUCGCGCGCCGGCCGGGAGUUCCACAAGCCGCUGGUAAAGGAGGGCGGGGACCGGCCACGCCACAUCUCCUUCCGCUGGAACUGAGCAUGUGCGAGAGAGAGCGAGCGAGAGAGAGAGAGGGAGAGAGAGAGGCGGGGCCAGGGGCCGGG